AUGUCGUUUAUAAGAUCUACAAGCACGAAUACAGGUACCACUACCAUGACUAAUGGUAAAGAUCUAGAGAAUGAUAUUACAAUUAGUAACCCAGCCGAAGACUCAAUUUCAGAUAUUGCAUUUUCUCCACAACAAGAUUUCAUGUUCAGUGCAAGUUCAUGGGAUAACAAAGUUAGAAUAUGGGAUGUACAGAAUGGUGUAGUUCAAGGAAGAGCUCAAUAUGAACAUUCUGCUCCAGUACUGACCACAAGAUGGUCUGGAGAUGGUACAAAAGUAGCGUCAGGUGGCUGUGAUAAUGUAGUAAAACUUUAUGACGUAACAAGUGGUCAAUCACAACAAAUUGGUGUCCAUCAAGCCCCAGUGAAAAGUUUAAGAUUUGUUCCAUGUGGACCAGGUAAUACUGAACUGAUUGUAACUGGGUCUUGGGAUAAAACUAUUAAAUAUUGGGAUAUGAGACAACCACAACCUGUUUCAACAGUAAUGAUGCCGGAACGUGUCUAUAGUAUGGAUAAUAAACAACAACUAUUAAUUGUAGCUACAGCUGAAAGACAUAUUUGUAUAAUAAAUCUAGCAAACCCCCAAGUGCUGUUUAAAACAGUAAUGUCACCAUUAAAAUGGCAAACCAGAGUAGUAUCAUGUUAUAAUCAAGGUGAUGGUUAUGCAAUCGGUUCAGUAGAGGGAAGAUGUGCAUUAAGAUACAUUGAUGAUGUCCAACAAAAAGACCAAGGGUUUUCUUUUAAAUGCCAUCGUCAAGCAAGCCAAAACAGGGCAAUUGGAAUGCAAAGUCAAUCUAUUGUUUCCACUGUUAAUACCAUUGCUUGUCAUCCAGUUUAUAGCAGUUUUGUAACUGGUGGUAGUGAUGGUUCCUUCCACUUUUGGGAUAAAGACAAUAGACAUAGAUUAAAAGGGUUCCCUGCUCAAUCUGGCUCCAUAUCCGUAGUAAAUUUCAAUAGAAAUGGUACCGUAUUAGCAUAUGCUAUUAGUAAUGAUUGGCACCAAGGUCAUAUGGGGAAUAGACCAGAUUAUCCAAAUAUUAUUAAAUUGCAUCCUACUACAGAUUAUGAAGUUAAAGGUAGAAAGAAAAAUGAAAGAUAA